AUGCGUGUGCGCCCGCUCGCAUGGGUGCACUCGCGCCACGGCGAGGGCCGCAAGCUGGGCGCCACCAUCCGGCAGGUGCUCGAGAACAGGGUGGGCCAGGUGGCGGACGCGCCAGAGGUCCAGCACGCGCUGCAGGCGCGGUCCGCGAUCGCGUCCCGCUCGUACCACCGCUUUUUCGAGCUGUACGCGUCGGCGCCCAACCUCGGGCGCGCGCUGCUGGACGUGCACGUGCCGUCGAUGCGCUGGCACGCGCUCAACGCGCUCGCGCGCGCGUUCCGCCCCGGCGUCCCGCUGCGCGCGCUCGCGGAGGCGGCCGGCUUCGCCGCGCGGCCGUCUGCGGCGGCCGCCGCUGCGGAGCGGCGGGAGCGGGAGCGGGAACGCAGCCGCGGCGGCGGCGGCGGCGGGCCGCUGCCGGGGCGCGGGAGCGUGGUGUUUGAUGGGGACUAUGCGGCGGUGGAAGACGAGGGGGCGGGGCUGGCCGCAGCGGAGGAGUGGGCGCUAUCAUGUGGCGCGGUCAUCGUGGAUGGCCCCGGCGGCGAGCGGCUGCUUGACGGCAAGGCCUCCUGCGGUCGCGGCGUGCUGCACGCGCCCCCUGAGAAGGGCAAGGUCGCCCACGGCGACGUCAACCUCGAUAUCCACGACUUCCUCGCCAAGAUCGCUGCCUAA